ACUUGCGAAAUCAUUCAUACUUUAGAGGUGUUGUCACAGAAUUAUCACAGAUAAUAUUAAGCAUUACGAAUAGAGUGUUUCAUGAAUCCGCUAGUUUCAUUGGGAAUAAUCUGAAGGUUCGGAGAACCAAUGCGUAUAGGGGCUUGGGACAUAAACCGAAGUUACGCGGCGCGAAUUUUGAAAAGACAACUGUGCGAGUGUCUCGUCAACCGCAGAUCGCGCUUUGAGCGGCCGAACUAUAAAUUAGUGCCAAUUAAUAUCAAAAUGAGCUCAAUUAAGAGAGUCAACAAUACUCAAUAUCCUCUAAUUUAUUGACACAAAAAAACACUGAAAGUGCUUCUUCCAUGCAGACCGUUUCGCUCAUGAUGGGACCGUUGGUUGCCAUAUUGGGAGAUUACUACAUUUGAGCUGAAACAAAGAGGCGGAGCUAACCUAUUUAUAGCGCGCUUUCGUGUUUAAUAUCAAGGAUCAAGGAUCAAGAAACGGAAAGAGGAAGAUAUGACUUCAUAGCGAGCUGAAAGAAACUUGUGCUCGAUCAAGCGGUUGUUUCGUUUUUCUUCUUCAAGUUUUGGUCUCUAUGUGGCCGUGUGUGAGAAGACGAAGAUCAUUUUUGUCGAGAUGCACUGUUCCAUUUGGUGUAAAGACUUAUGUUAUUUUCAGUAUUUUCAUCAUGUAUCAUCUGUUUCGUGAACAAGACAACAAAACUUCAAAUUCACCUGGCGUUUUUCGGAAGAAUUUUCCAUCACUGAACGGAUUACUUUCAUUGAAACGGUUUAACAAAACUGUCGCUAAAAAAUUAUCAACGACACGGUCUAACAAGGUGAAGAGUGUAACUUUAAGGAAUAUUCCGCGAGAUGACAAUUCGAGUGUUCCGCCAAUUAUUAAUUCUGGAUCGAAACAAAAUCUCAAAUUCCUUUUUGUUUUACAUCAUUACGAACAACUUACAAAGACUACAGAAAAUUUGCUACAACUGGCUGCGGUGGCCAAGCAAACUGGUCGUGUAGUCGUAGAGCCUUUAGUGCGCGAUUCUAGGAUGUGUGGUUUGCCUGACGGUUGGUCCGGACAAAGACGGUCGGAGGCCAGAAAAUUUCAUCCGAUGUCGCUGUAUUUUGAUGUGACAUUUAUGAAAAAUUUGCUCAAGAGAUCUCGCUAUGCCCCGUUGGUUAAACUAGAGACUUUCAAACGGGAAUGUCAAUCAAGCGUUACAAACACAACAUUGCUCCAUUUUAUGUACAGCGAUCGCAAGGAAGAAGAAAUGGUACGUUGGUACAAAAUAUCCUCGGAUAUUUAUCAAAAGACCGAAAGUGCUUUGAAAAAAUCCGGCUGGUGUGAAUGCAAUUUCAUCGAUAGCGGUCUUAAUUUUUCCAAUAGAAUCGGUAAUUUUCACGCCGGGAGACAAAUUUGCUUAGACGCCGAAAAAAUAAAAAGUCUUCAAUUAUUCAAAAGUAAAAUCCUGAAAGAAGACAAAUGUGUUACUAUAAUUCACUGGCGAGGGAUAGGUACACACAGAUGCCACUUCGAACCAGAAGUAAAUAUUGAAAGCCGGAAGUUGGUUUACUCCUUGCGAUCGAGUGAAUUUGUUAAUUCACUGGCGAAAAAAAUCAUCGACACAAUUGGCGAGGAAUAUAUUUCGAUUCAUAUCCGAGCUGAACGACAAAUUCUUUGGUAUGGAUUCGAUCGACUGUCACGGUGCAUCGAAGUGCUGAUGGAAAAAGUAAAAGACCUUCAACGAAAGUAUAAAAUUAAGAGAGUCUUUCUGUCAUCUGAUUUUACACGUUUUGGCUCAGACACAUUGCGUACAUAUACAUCACAGAAUAUUUCAUUCGCCAAGAAAAUAAAAGAAAUAUGGAGAUAUUUGUCGAAAACUUUAAAACCCACAAUGCACAAUCCAAGUUUUGGAGAUUCAUUAAUAAUGGACAGUGGGGUCGUUGCACUUACAGAGAAGAAUGUUCUAAUAGAGGGAUCACACUUACUGACAAUUGGCUCUGGGACUUUUCAACAAUGGAUUGUUGAUGGAUUUAUUGAGAGAAAAAUAAAUUAUGACAAGCAGAAGAAUUGGAUAGUCACAAGAAUAUGUCUCAAAGAGGACAAGGUUAAUAAUUACAAAUCCAGCUGACAGCAAUACAACUCAUAGACCAAAAUGGAAUUUCUCCUCUGGAUAACAAUAGAUUUUCUAGCAGAAAGGUGUUGAGAAGGAAGAAAAAUAUCAGCAAGGAGAUGUUGUUUGAUUUAACACCACAUUUUCAACACUAAAAUCAUGGGAAAACAUGGCAAACUGCAGAUAAUUGACAUUAGAUCUUUGGAGUCAAAGAGUAAACAUUUUUCAAUUUUUUCAGGAGCCUUUACAUCUUGCAAAGCUUCUUACUUGUUAAGAAAGCUUGCCAUAGACAAAAUAAUGGAUAAUAUCAUACAAAUGGAAGAAAACCACCAACAUGUUAAUUCAACUCCCUUCUCACAUGAUUAAAAAUACUUUUCACCCUGA